AUGCGUGGAUGCUGUGGGAGAGAGCUCGGACAUAUGUAUAUUCUGGACACAGAACUCGACAGAGGCAGCAACUCGUCAUCGGUUAUAUCAGUGCCUGAAGAAAGAGCAGUGCGACAGAGUCCAGUGGCAGCCCACGCCCGCGUUAUGAUUUUGUGGCCAUUUUAUAACUAA